UUUGUCCCUGCCCAGCCUGCUUUGCUGGAAGGUGCUGUGUGUCUCUGCCCCUUGCCUUCCCACCCCACCCCAUCCCAUACCUUGCGCUCCGGGAUGACACGAACCAACGAUGACUGCCGCCACGAUUAGAUGAUUACGACACCAGAAGACCGGUGGAUGAAAUAAGCUGUAGACGGAGGGAGGUCCGGUCAUUGGCAGCUUGCGCUGGAGUGGCAGAUGCCGCCAUGAACAACUGGGGCCAGCAGCCUGCGGGCCAUGGGCAGGCCUACAAUGGCCAUGGCUAUCAACAGAUGGCCCCUCAGCCUGGAUAUGCGCAACAACAGCAACAACAGCCGCAACUUCAACAGCCGCAACUUCAACAGCCGCAACUUCAACAGCACCAGCACCAGCACCAGCAGCAGCAGCAGCACCACCAGCACCAGCAUCAACAAUAUGGGUCUGGGAACUCGAUGGCAUUUAUGGGCAACCAGCAAUAUCAGGCAGGCGCCCACUUCCUUCCUGCGCCUGCCCAGCAUGCCCAGAUGCAGUCGAUGCAGCAAUACGCCCACGCCCAAGUUCACCCUCAGGCGCCUCAGGCACAUCAAACACACGCCCAACAUGCCGCCGUUAACAACUUUCACGCGCAACAGCAGCACCAGCACCAGUACCAGCACCAGCACCAACAGCAACACCAGCAGCAACAUUUUAGCAACGGCACCUACCAGCACCAUCCGCCGGCCCGCCAGCUUCAGCCUCAACCACAGCUCCAACCUCAACUCCAGUCGCACCCUCAAUACGUCUCCCACCACAACUACCCGCCGCAAGUAGCGACUCCUUCUCCUCGACCGAUACAACAACGCAUUCCUUCUCAACCUGUCCAGCCUCUGCAGCAGCCCUUACACUCCCAGCAGCAGCAGCAGCAGCAACAGCAGCAACAACAUCAACAACCGAUACACCACACCCAGCAGCUGAUCCCCCAGAAAAGACGAUCUGUGCAGCAACUGCAAUCCCCACGGACGAACAGCCCGCACAUGCCAACGGGACAACUACAAACCGCGCAACAACUACAAUCUCCGCGCGUGAGCAGCCCGCACAUACAACCGGCUCAGCUACAGGCAGCGCAGGCAUACCAGUCCCCGAAAGUGAACAGUCCGCACAUACAACCAUCACAGCUGCAUGUAACGCAACCGUAUCAGUCCCCGCGACUGAGCAGUCCGCACAUACAGCCAUUACAAUUACAGGCGGCGCAGCCGUACCAGCCGCCACACCCGAGUAGCCCACACAUACAACCAUCACAGCUUCAGGCCACGCAGCAGUACCAGUCGCCGCGAGUGAGCAAUGCGCACAAGCCUGCAGCGAAGCCGCCACUGCCCCAGCAAUUACAGUCUCCGCGAGUGACCACUUCGCACAUCCAAUCGCCCCAGCUGCAGUCAGCAGCGAAACUGCAGUCUCCGCGGGUGAACAAUCAACAACCGCCGACAACCCAUCAACAACAACCAGCUUCGACGGCACGCACGCCUGUAAAGGUCGAGUCGCCAGUGCCACCGCCGGCCCAGCCACCGCCGGCCCAACCACCGCCUGCGUUGCAAGCUCAGCAGUCUUCGGAACGCAAACCACCCACAACAGCGGUCCAGCCGCAGCGGCACGUUCCUGAUAGUAUCGAUCCCACUCAGCUCCACAUGAGUAUCGAUCCUACCCAGCUCAUGUUGAAGCGGGAGCCCCCAGCACCCGCGAGGAAGUCUUUGCCUGCCCCUGUCGCGAGGUCGCCGAGCGUGUCGACCAAAUCACCAAGCAUGCCGCAUGUGCAGACGCCAACGAGUCACUUCGACACACCUGCUGUUCUCACCUGCGUGGCAGAUGACUGCUUUCAGACUGCCCAUGCAGCUGUGCAGGACAUCGCGACGUCGCUGGACCAGCGACGCGUGGACGAAUACUACAAGCUCAUUGCGACAGGCCUUGGUUGUCUCGACGCUGCGCUCAACCUCAACAAGCUGGCUCCACGCGCCGAGGCGAACGUUCGUUUGCGAUACGCUACCGCGCUCAGUGAGGAAACCGACAACUUGAUGGAUGCAGAGACCGCCUUGACCAAAGGCAUCGCGAUUUGUGAAAAGAACCGAUUCACAGACCUGAAAUAUUGUAUGCAGUUUCAGCUGCUCAAAGUCCUGUUCAGGAGAAAUCGCAAGGCUGCCUUUGUGGAGAUAGAGAAGAACAUCAACGAUGCGUUGACGUACAAAGCAGUUGACUGGGUGUACGCCUUCCGAUUUCUGAAGGCUUCCCUUCACCUACAAUCCAGCAGCCCGGCUGAUGCACCGGCCCUGGAAAACCUCCGCAGCAUCACAGGCCUUGCGCAACACCAGGGGGACACCGCAAUAGCGGUGUUGGCUUCUCUUCUUGAGGGCAUCGUGCACCUAAAGGCCAGAAAAGAAGACUCGAUCGUACGGGUUCAAACAUGCAUAGCACAAGCAUCAAGAUACCAGCUCGACCCGUCCGUCCAGAUACCUCAAAUCGAAGUUCUCACCUUGCUCCUGGACCUGGCCUGUACUCUGCAGCAAAAGGCGCCCCAGAUCGCCAUGCAGAAGCUCAAGGCACUUCAGGCACGCAUGGAUGAGCUUGUGCAGGCACACGACUGGGACAAGAUGCUGGAUGUUCUCCACCUCCCGCUCAAGAAACAGACAAACUCGAGUGCUUCCGUCACCGGUGACACCAAGACCAUCGUCCAGCCUGGAGAUGGGGAGCACAACUUCAUAAUCUUGUCAUUUGUCACCAAAGUCCAUGCUUUUGUUUUAGCGUAUGUCCUGAGCGGCCUAGCGUUGUUGUACCAAGGAGCGAAAAGCGAAAAGGUCAUGGAGUAUUGGUCCGAGGCCUUGAACAUGCUCGGGAAGACUCCUGCACACGCCCGACCACCCGCUCACUCCUUGCCGAUGGCCAUAGAACAGGCCAGCUGGCAAGCAGAGGUGAAACGCUACGUCUACGCCUUAAUCGCACUGAUAUCGGCCACGCGCACACAGUGGAGCAAGGUGCACGACUGCAUUCAGAAGAUCGAAGCCCUCAGCCCAAAGCCCGAGGGCGGCCGGCUCGGCCUGCUGGUGCUCUACGUGACAGGAGUGUAUUAUCAGGGCACUGGUGAUUUUCGCCGAGCGCUCCAGGUAUACAGCGAUCAGCGCUUCGCCAUCCCAGCCGCCGGUACUGACGAGACCAAUCCGGGGACACCUCCUCCUGAGGUAGCCCUUCUCGCAGCCAUGAACAAGAUAUGGAUCAUGCAGGACCCGGCCCACCGGGACGACGGAGAGCUCACCGAACUCACAGAGAAGAUCACGCCGUACUGUUUGGACCACGCAGAUGUCGACAUCCGGACCGCCUUUAAUCUUAUGCAAGCGGCACUUCAGACAGAACCGCGCCAGUCGAUGCAGACGGUCAAGAAACACAUCCAGGUUGGCCUAAAGUGGGCUCAGGGUGCGAACAACACCCAACUUCUCGCUGUAGCUCUGAACCUCAUGCGGUCGGUGCUCUUCGAAAACGUCGUCGGCGACCAGGCCGUUAAGAGCGCCAAGGCGGGGCGGCAGCAGGCGCACAAGGCGGGCAACCUGCUGUGGAUGAGCGUAGCCGACGGCAUGCUGGCGCAGACGGAGGAGAUGCAAGGACAAGUAGACGAAGCGGAACGGCUACGUCUAGAUGGAACGCGAUAUGCGAACGAGGCCCUCGCAGGGCCUGGGGAGGAGUGAGGAGCCACGAGUACAAGCUCAACAAACAACUCGUGGUCGGCUGGACCUGUAAUUGCGCAUCAUGGGUUCAAAAAGUAAUGUUGCAUGAAAUUUGCAAGGAGCAUUUAUUUGGUCAGCAUGUGGGCGUUCACUCAGGAGCCGCCUUGGCUUGUGAUGGUGGCUGGUGUAUUUGUCCUUUGGGUGCUUCUUGGGCUGGCUUUAAGAUAUACCCCUUGCAGCUACGAGCUCUAGCAAAAAGUUAAACAUUCGCCAUUGCCUAACAAGAUUCCGCGUCUAUACCUAGGUAUAUUUCCGAGCCCUGGUCGGUCGUCAACCACGCGGUCGCAGCAAUCAAUCCCGCAUAACCUAUCAGACAACCUGCAAAGAAAACCCCGGUAACUUCUCACCAUUGUAGGGCAACCUCGUGGGAGACAGCUGGGAGACAAGCCUCUGCGGGGCCAGUCUCCCCAGGGGUGGCCAGAUGGUCCCUGAGAUGGGUCCUCACACCUACUCCGUAGAAGUUGGUAAGCCACAAGGGUCCUGGCAUGACACUAGAAAGCUUCUUGAAGGUGUGGCGGUAUUAUAGCAAUAC